AUGCCUCACAGUGAUGACUUUGGCAUUGAUGACGAUGAUACUGAGUUUCUAGCUGUUGCUACUCAAGUGGAAGCAUCACCGCAUGGUGGCAAAUUCGAGCCUUCCGGCAGGCCCAUGAAGCGUAGGCGGAUACUGCAUACUGGAGCACAGGUAGAUGCAGCGGACUCGGAUGGUGCAGAAGCGCUCGAGAUCGGAGACGAAGAAGAUGGUCGGGCUGUGCCAUCGAACUUCUUCAGAUCAACAGCAGCAUUCACCCAAGAUGGCGCAGCAGACGCAGACGAAGCUGAUCCUGAAGGAUACUACUUUCCAGAAGAGCUUGGGGAGAAGCCGCAGGCUCCCAAGAAUGCAAAGUACAAGAUCCAUAUUCCUAGGAACGGCGGACAGUUACCAGACACCAUCUUCACGCAGACACAAGCUCAUCUGGACUCCAGCCCCAGCAGGAUUAGAGGUGCAGUAUGGAAGAAGCCAAAACCGCCUCCUCCGCCUCUGUUCAGCCACGGUGGCAAGUCCACCCUUGCCUCGGUUUCAUCCAGUCAAGGACCAUCGAUGCCAUUGGUGAGGCAGCAGACGACUUUACGAAACCACUUCCGAAGAGAUGAUCGGACUGGCCUAGGAGUGCAGAUGGAUGACGACGCUGCUCUUGCUGCACGUAUGCAAGCCGAGGAAGAUGGUUUGGCGGAAGAUCUGGGCAUUGCACGGAGGACGACCGCUCCGGUUGUGCCGACGACUUCGAUGGAGAUGCACAAGGAGCUCGCAGAUCUGCCUGCGGAUGCUUUCUCAUCAUCGUCACCCGAGAAAUCGCCACCAAACCCUAUCAUCGAUAUAUCGUCUUCACAGCCUGCAGCCGCCCAAGCAUCGAGAUUACGUGGCCCACAGACGGGUCUGAAGCAGAUGACCAUCUUUGGCCAGCCAGCAACGCAGGAGAUCUCUACGUCUCAGGCUGCCACGAAAAGGCACGCAUGGCCGUUGAAGGAGCGCGAGGAGCCACCGACUCACCACAAGCUGGACGAAGACGCUAUGAAGACAUGGGUCUAUCCAACCAAUCUUGGCACUAUUCGAGACUAUCAGUAUAACAUCGUCUCUCGAAGUCUGUUUCACAAUACCUUGGUCGCACUACCCACUGGUCUCGGUAAGACGUUCAUUGCAGCGACUGUCAUGCUCAACUACUAUCGAUGGACAACCAAAGCUCAGAUCGUCUUUAUGGCACCUACCAAACCACUUAUCGCUCAGCAGUUGGGUGCAUGUUUUCACAUUGUCGGCAUAUCUAGACAUGAUACUGUUCUGAUGACUGGCGAGACCACACCUGGCGCGCGAGCAGAAGAGUGGCUGGAAAAGCGACUGUUCUUCAUGACGCCCCAAACUGUGAUCAACGACCUCAAGACUGGUAUCUGCGACCCGAAAAAGGUUGUUCUGGUAGUGGUCGAUGAAGCACAUAAGGCUACGGGAAGCUAUGCAUAUACAGAAGUGAUAACUUUCUUGAGACGAUUCAAUUCUAGCUUUCGAGUUCUCGCGCUCACCGCUACACCCGGCUCAACCGUCGAAGCAGUCCAAGCGGUUAUUGACCAUCUGGGUAUUGCUCGAGUAGAGCUCCGGACCGAGCAGUCCCUCGACAUCCGACCGUACACGCACGAGAAGCAGACUGAUGUCGAGUUGUUCGACUACAGCGACGAGCAAGCUCUGAUCAUGGAGCAUAUGAGCAAAGCUAUCAAGCCAGCAUUGCAGAAGCUGAAUGCGCAAAACGCCUACUGGUCGAAAGAUCCCAUGGCGUUAAGUGCGUUUGGUCUGACACAGUCGAGACAGAAGUGGAUGCAGUCUGACCCUGGACGGAAAGCACCAAUGUCCCUGAAGGGAAUGGUGAACUCAAUCUUCACAGUGCUCUCACAAGUCGCGCAUGGCAUUGGACUACUGAAAAAUCAUGGCAUUGGACCAUUCUACUCGACUGUGUCUAAGUUUAAGCGAGCUGUGGACAGUGGAGAGACUAAGGGCAAGAACGCAAAGGAGAUAGUGCAGUCCGUUGACUUCACGCAGAUGAUGAGUCGCAUGAACGAUUGGAUGAAGGACCCCGACUUCAUCGGCCAUCCAAAACUAGAAUAUCUUAGAGAAGUCGUCCUCAACCACUUCCUAGAUGCUGGCGAGGGUGCACUUGGGUCUAAUGCUCCACCGAGCGCCACUCGUGUGAUGGUGUUUGCAUCGUACCGUGACAGCACGGAAGAGAUCUGCAGAGUGCUAAAGCGUAGCGAGCCGAUGAUCAGACCGCAUGUGUUCGUUGGGCAGGCCGGAAGCGCAACAUCUGAGGGCAUGAGCCAGAAGAAGCAGAAUGAAGUGAUACAACAGUUCAAGGCUGGCAAAUUCAACACCUUGGUCGCGACGUCCAUUGGUGAAGAAGGUCUGGAUAUUGGAGAUGUCGACCUUAUUGUCUGUUACGAUGCCUCAUCAUCACCGAUUCGUAUGCUGCAGCGCAUUGGCAGGACUGGGCGCAAACGUGUUGGUAAGGUCGUUCUGCUUCUCAUGAAGGGCAAGGAGGAAAAUGAUUAUGCCAAGGCUCAAGACAAUUACCAGUAUAUCCAAAAGUCGAUCGCGGACGAGAGCAAGUACAAUUAUCGCAACGAUCAGAGUCCGCGCAUCAUACCGAAGGAAGUUAAGCCUGUUGUGGACCGACGUGUGAUUGAGAUACCGAUCGAGAAUAGCCAACCUGUAGACCUGAACGAAAAGAGCAGGAAGUCAAAGGGCAAGGCCAAGAAGCGACCGCCAAAAAAGUUCCACAUGCCAGAUGGCGUGCGGACGGGUUUUGUUAAAGCAUCGAAGUUGGCAUCGGACGAUGAGGAUGGAGCAAGUGACAAACCAGUGUCGAAAACGAAGAACACGCCUGCGAAGAAGAGUGUACCCACGAGGCGAGCCAAACCAGCGCCGUCCCCAGAGCCAGAUCCGAUGCAGCUGCCCUUUCUUGGCGACGUCCUCCUGACUGACGCCCGGCAAGCGGAGCUGGAGGGCAGGUAUGGAAAUGCGGCAAAUGAUGAGGACGUGGCAAUACGAGCACCGGAUGCUACGAAGCGCAUAGACCUCAUACGCGACCUUGGCAGAACAAAGUACGUUCCGCACGGGCGAGCUGCUUUGGCAACAUCCAAGGCUUUAGCUGCAUUACACGCCGUGAAUGACGAGAAAGUCCAGCAGAUGAAAGCAGAUCUAGACACGACGAUAUUGUCUAACCCUGGUGUUGCUCGACGCAGGCUUGUGAGUCCAAACAGGGGAGAGAAUGAUUCCGAACUCGAUCUUCCAGAGCCAAAGGAUAUUACGGAAGAGCCGAAAGUCAAGAAACUCCCGGCCAAACGAGCAAGCGCUAUAAGGCCGAAGGACGCCACAGCGCAGGGAGCAGCAACGGCCAAGACUCCGCGUGGACGUCCACGCAAGAACAAAGCAAUACAUCGAGUGUGGUCUCAUGGCUCUGCAGCUAUGGAAGGCGAGGAGUCUGAGCCCGAGCCAACACCAACUGACAUGCGUAUUGGCACGCAAGGUAUCGAUCUAGGCUCGCAUGAUACAAGUGGCGAAGACAAUGAUGAUGAACCCGACAGCGAGCUGGAUGCCUUCAUUGCCAGGUCUGACGAGAUCAUUGAGACAUUAUCGAGCUCGCUUCCGGGUACUCAAGAGACGUCACAGCUAAGUCAUCAGAAGAAGGCUGGUCGUUUGCGCAGGCGACCAGCUGUCGUAUUGUCUGAUCUGGACGAAGACGAUGAGGCUGAUGCAAGUGAGGACGAUGGUGCAGAUGGCGCUGCGAAAGACCUGGUGGGGGCCAGGAAGCAGCGUGUUGUAGCCGAGAGCGAUUCAGAGUAG